AUGGCGGCCAAGAGUGAUGUUGUUUUGUGUGAAGUUUUAACUGGUUUUACCGUUGUAUUUGUGCUUAUUUCUAUAAUUAGAGUAUGGUGGGUGUUAGGAAAAAGAAAGGAUAUACGAAAAAGGGAAAAUCCAGUAAAGACGCUCAUUGUUGCYGGCUCAGGAGGCCAUACAACAGAAAUGUUAAGACUUAUGAGUGGUUUAUCAGUGAUGUAUUAUCCUAGAAUAUAUGUUGUUGCUGACACAGAUAAGAUGAGCAAAGAAAAGAUUGAAACAUUUGAAAAUGAAAAUAAGUUGCAAAAGGCUGAUAAAGAAUUAAAGGACUAUUCAACCACAGCAUAUUAUAAAAUUUUCACUGUUCCAAGAAGUAGAGAAGUAAGACAGUCAUGGCUGACUACUGUCAUUACAACAUUAAAAGCGACUAUAGCAAGUUUUCCAUUAAUAUUUACACACAAACCAGAAAUGGUUAUAGUCAAUGGGCCUGGCACAUGUAUUCCUGUUUGUGCUGUAGCUCUAAUCAUGAAGAUUAUUGGAGUACAAGAUACAACUAUAGUUUAUGUGGAAAGUAUGUGCAGAGUGGAAACACUGUCACUGUCAGGACUUAUUCUGUAUUAUUUUGCUGAUCACUUUUUUGUCCAGUGGCAAAAACUGCAAGAGAGAUAUCCCAAAGCAAUCUAUCUAGGAAGACUGGUUUAAAAGUAGUUGUAUAUUUUAUUUUAACAGUAGUAGUAGAGUGGACACACUUUAUCUGUCAAACAAAAUUAAUCGGUAUUAACUAUUUUGUGCUGUUUAAGUUUCACAGUUUAAGUGUUGCCACUCAAAUUGAUAUAAUUUAUGACAUUGACAUAGCACCAUCCAAGUCUGUUUUGUACUCUAGAGAAAUUUAAAAAUAGUAAAUAAACUGGAAUASGUUUU